GUUCUUUGACCAACUCUAAAUUUUUUCUUCCGCUAGUGUAUGAUUUCUGCUGUUAUAGGAUGUAUUUAUGAAUUUCAGUUUUCUGUGAUUUGAUGUGUUUUUUAUUUGAAUUUAAUUAAAUAGAUCUUAGUUUAUCUUCAUGAUUGCAUUAAUUUGCAUUAUUGCAAAUGUAGUUCUAUGUAUAAUGUCUCCACAUUCUCAUCCAUGAUUUCUGUAUAACCUGUCAUACUAGAAUAAUUACUUGCUUGUAUUACAUGUGAAAUCCUGUCAUCAUCUCUGUGUUUUAUUGUUUUAGUUUCUGCUAAAAUCUUCUAGAUUUCGAUGCUUAAUUUCUGUCCACUAAUAGUUGAAGUCUGUUCUUUAAGCUCUGAGUAAUCUAGUGUCAGCAUAUGUGUCCACUAAUAGUUGAAGUCUGAGCAAUCUAGAUUUCAAUGCUUAAUUAUUUGUACUAGUUUUAGUCAGUCUCAACCAAUUGCUUUCACAUUUUUUAUGAACAAUUGCUAAGUAAAGAAUUUUUUCACUGAACUAAUUAGUAGCCCAAAAUUUUUAUUAAGCAGUACCUAAUGGAAUGAAGGGUCUGAAUUAAUUGUUUUAAAAUUAUUUCGUUAAAUGAAGGGUCUGAAUUAUGUGUUGUUACAACAUAUAAUUCUCUCUGUUUAUCUAAUUGACAUAUCAACAGUUGUUAAAUAUUAUCUGCUUAGGCUAAGACAUCUGCCAUCUUUGUUUUGGUUUGACCUUUACGUAUCAAUCAUACAGCAACCAGAGAAAGUUUCUGGCUAUAUCAUUUUUUUAGGAUAAGCAAUGCGAUAUGUUAAUUCACUGUUUGUUAUUUUACUUUGCAGGGAUAAGGUCUUCAAACAACAAAAGAUUCUUAGUGAUCUGCUUGUCUACAAGAUUGGUGGCGGACCACAGGCACCUAGAUCAGCUCUACCAGUUGGUGCAGAUCCUGUUGCCAACCCUCUGAGAUUAGUGCCUGUGAAUAUUGACCAGGAUUUGCUGCAUUCAGUUCUUGCUAUUUCUUAUGCCAAAGAACCUGAUCAACUUCCCUCAAGGAUGAAUAUGUUAGAGCUGAAGGGGAUUUGCUUGCUGAAUGUGGCAGUCACUGCAUUGUGAAACACUUUUAUUCCUUUAAAGAUGCUGACUACUUGUAUUAAUUAUGGAAUAUCUACCUAGUGGGGACAUGAUGAUAUUGCUGAUGGGAGAGGAGACCUUGACUGAAACUGUGGCUAGAUUAUACAUUGGUCUGAGUGUGCUGGCCAUAGAAUCUAUUCAUAAGCACAAUUACAUGCGUAGGUCUGUAUUUUCCUGUGGUAACACAAGAUGGUUAUAUAAUUAGAUGUUUUAAUGAGUACAUUUAUAGAUUUACAAUAUUUUGCUAGUAUUAGUUAAUUAAUUUUUUUUAAUACAAUUGUAAUAGUAACAAUUUACAAUGUGAUUCGUUGAUUUGUAAUAGUAAUAAUUUGAUAUGAU